AUGCGGCGGUGGUGCGUCCUCGCGAUGCGCUGCCUGGUGAUCCUCGUGGUGGCGGUUGGACCGCGGGCCCAAUUGACCAAGUCGUUGGCGCGUGUUGAGGGGGACUUUAUCGUCGGGGCCCUGUUCAGCGUCCACUACCAGCCGGCCCGGGGCACCCAGGGACCUCUCGCGUGCGGGGAAGUGCGAGAGCUGUACGGCAUCCAGCGCGUCGAGACCGCCCUGUGGACCCUCGACGACAUCAACAGCAGGACCGAAAUUCUCAGGGGGGUGACCCUUGGGCUGGAGGCGCGCGACUCGUGCUGGUACUCCCCGGUGGCGCUGCAGCAGAGCAUCGAGCUCGUCCGCGACGCCAUCACCCCGACCAUCGGCAGGUCAGCCACGACCGACUCCCAGGAAGACGUCUCGAGCCAGUGUCCCGAGAACGCGUCUGUGAAUCUAAAGAAAAAGGCGGCACCGGUAAUUGGCGUCGUCGGUCCCGGCGCGAGUUCCGUCACGCUUCAGGUGCAAAAUCUCCUUCAGCUGUUCGCCAUACCCCAAGUUGGUUACUCGAGCACCUCGCGCGACUUGAGCGACAAGAACCGGUACUCGACCUUCCUACGCGUGGUGCCCUCGGAUUACCAUCAGGCCAAGCUGCUCGUCGAUCUCGUCAAAAACUUCAAUUGGACCUACGUGUCGAUCGUCAGCACCGAUGAGAAUUACGGCACGAGCGGCAUCCAGGCGUUCCGCGAGUUGGCGGAGAACAAGUCGGUGUGCAUAGCGCGCGAGGACUCGAUCCUCACGACGGCCAGCGACGCGGCCUACGACAAGGUGAUCAGCAACCUUAACCAGGAUCCCGCGGCUAACGUCGUCGUUUGCUUCUGCGAGGGUUUGACCGUUAGGCACCUCAUCGAGGCGUCCAAGAGACUCAAUCUCACCGACCGUUUCUUGUUUGUCGGCAGCGACGGUUGGGCCGACCGGGACGACGUGGUCCAAAACUUGGAGGCCGAGGCUUGGGGCAGCAUAUCGAUUCGCAUCCACUCGCCGUACGUGCCCGACUUCGACAGGUACUACCUGGCCCUGAGACCGCACAACAACACCCGCAACCCGUGGUUCAAGGAGUUCUGGCAGUUCAACUUCAACUGCACCCUACCCCCGGAACCCGGGACUCUGCUCGCCAACAAGCCGCCCAAGCAUCCACCCUGCACCGGCAAGGAGAAGAUCACUCCCAACAAGCACAAGCAAGACCCGAAGAUGAGUUUCGUGAUGAAGUCGUUCUGGGUGAUGGCGCACGGGUUGCACCACAUGCUCCAGGAGAUUUGCGGUCUCAACUACACCGGAGUUUGCAAAGAAAUGUCCACGUUCAACGGCACUCGGUUCUGGGAGCACUUGAUAAACGUGACCUUCUCUUUCCACGAGGAGUUAGUCGAGUUCGACAGCAAAGGGGACCCACCGGGCAGGUACGAGGUCCUGAACUACCAGCGAUUGCCAAACGGCACGUACGCCUACGUCCAGAUCGGCGAGUGGAGCCACGGGACGCUCACCUUCACCAGCUCGCCCCAGUACCGCAACUUCAACCCCGUCACGAGCGUCUGCUCGAAACCCUGCAAUGCAGGCGAGUACAAGAAUUUCCAGACGGGCGGCCAGGAAAAAAAGUGCUGCUGGGCGUGCACGAACUGCACCGAGUACCAAUACACCACCGAAAACCAAACGAAAUGCGAAAACUGUAAGAUUGGCCAGAAGCCGACCCAAAACAGGACAGCCUGCGAGGACGUAAUCGUCGAGUACAUGCUCUGGAACGACGUCGAGGCGUUGGUAGCGAUGACGUCGGCGGGCAUUGGACUCCUCGCCACGUGUGUCACCUGUCACAUCUUCAUCCGCCACAACGACACGCCUGUCGUCAAAGCCAGCACGCGAGAACUCAGCUACCUCAUCCUCGCGGGAAUGGCCUGCUCCCAUGUUUCCAUCCUGCCGAUCCUGGCGAUGCCCGAUUACACCUCGUGCACCCUGAGCCGAUUGAUGCCGGGCAUCAGUUUCGCGAUGAUCUACGCGAGCCUCUUCACAAAGACCAACCGGAUCGCCCGCAUACUCGCCGGCUCGAAAAAACGCUUCCCCAAACGCAAGCCCCGCUUCAUGUCCGCAACUUCCCAGAUCGUGAUAACCUUCCUGCUGAUAGCCGUCGAGGUGGGGAUCGCGACGACGAUGCUCGUGAUGGAGCCAGUGGAGCCGAGGUCCGAGUACCCGACCCGCGAGCGCGGUGUGCUCAGUUGCGGGACGACGGCCCAAGCCGUUCUCACGCCCCUGGCCUUCGACGGUCUCCUCAUUGGCCUGUGCACCCUCUACGCCGUCAAGACCCGCAACGUGCCCGAGAACUUCAACGAGGCCAAGUUCAUCGGGUUCGCCAUGUACACCACCUGCGUCAUCUGGAUAGCCUUCGUGUCCAUCUACUUUGGCAGCCAAACGGAAAAAAUGUACCUAAACAAUUUCCCCCCGCAGGUGUUGACGAUGUGCAUGUGCGUGACUCUCAGUGCCUCGGUGACCCUGGUCUUCCUCUUCGCGCCAAAGCUCUACAUAAUCGUCCUCAGACCGGACCGUAACAACCGAGCCCUGUUCACCACCAGCAAGUCCAUCAGGUGCCACAUCGGGGCACGCGUGGCAGCCGCCAUAGCCGAACCACCGCCCAAACACGGGGUCUACCGCGUCUCCGAGUCCGAGGGCACCGAGACCUCGUCGGCUUACAGAAGCAGCAGCGGCAGUAGCUUGAAACGGCGCACCCUGUCCGUCCAGACGGACAAGGAGCUGCUGAUGUCGUUGUGCCAGUCGUUGCUGGUGAACACCUCGCCCAGCCCGACGGGGACAAAAAAAUCGUCGUCGCCCCUACGCUUGAAAAACAUGGACGAAGAGUACCCGAGCCACGACGAGAAUGGCUGCCAACUCCAACGCCGGCCGAUGAAAAUGAUGCGCCGGAGACGCGACUACAGCUACGACUACCUGAACGACGACUACGGCGAGGAAGAGCCGGAGGAGGAGGAUGAUAUGGUGGACCCAGAGUGCGAGCAGUGCCAGAACGGGGUGCUCGAGGGGACGAGAAACCAGAGCGUCGGUUGCUGCGACGCCCGUCGCCAGGGAUGGGCGGAAUUGGACGUCAAGCAGCUCGUCGACGACUUCAAGCGACGGUCGGUGGUGGCGUACCCGAGCGAUCAUCGGACGAUGCACUGCCAAUCAGCCCUAGUCCAGAGGCCGGUGACGAACGGACUGAGGAGCGCAGCGGACGUCCUCUACGAGGAGCCAGAAGUCGAGUCUCGGACGCGGAUCUUCGAGGAGCGCGAGCACCUGGCCGGUGACGCGUCCGAGGAUCCGUUGCUUCGCAUCACCAUCACCCUGGGCUCGGAGGUGCCGCUCGCGUGA